CAGCUACAGGAGCAGGGGAGUAGUUUCCAAGGAACUGAAAGCAUUUCAGACAAGACAGACGCCAUAGUUUCCAGGUUUGUGCAUCGUAGCGAAGAGCUUUACCCAGGUCGAAUAUCAUGACGUUGUUCUGUUCGUAACUUGCGAAUAUGGCAUUCCCAGCGUCAUCCUUGCUGAGGCUUUCUGCUAGCCUAAGCGAUCAGCAGCAAUGCCGAACUCCACCUUCCAGUCAGGGAAAUCGCCAGUAGUGAAACCACGACCUUUCUUUCCUCUUUCAGUCCUCUGAAAGACUCACGCGGAGGUGUAGCAAGCCCUAGGAAGGGGAUCCUCACCGCUGGUCGAAACGCACGGGAGGAAAUGAAGAGCGGAUCGGAGAAGGAGAACAGCAACGGCGGAGAAAACCGUGAGUGGAACAGAAACGCGUCAGCCGUAUCAGCGGCAUCAGCGGCAUCAGCGGCAUCAGCGGCUAUGGAUGAUCCAUUCAGCCGGAGUUCUGCUUCCAAGUAUGGAAACGGCGGAAGAACGAAGGAGACGAACGAGAAUCGAAGAAACUGCGUGAGCGACGGCGGGGACGGCUACGGGGAGAACGGACCGAAUCGGACUGAAAACUUUCGCGUUGGAGAAGGAAGCGGUGGAGCGAGAGAGGAAGGAGGGGUGCUCCUGGAGCUGAACGGAUCAGCGUACGCUCAGCCUCGGCAGGAAACCCUGCAGGAAACUCUAGGGAUUACCGGAGUAAGGAUCAAAGUCGGGGUUGAUCCUUGUACCAGACGCAACGUGGAUCAGUCCGCCUUAGACUCCAAGGUCGACGCAGAAAGAGCGAACCAGCAGAUGCAGUCUCUGCAGCCGACGGGUGGUAGUGUAACGGGUACGUGUGUCGGCGACGUGGAGGAAACCGUCGCAGAAGUCGCACGAGUCGUCGCAGGCGACGGUGACGGCAUCGCCGAGAUCCCGGCGACGCCACAGCCGCACAGGCCGGCAAAUCUGACCCCGCUGAUCCUAUACGAAGACUCGCCGUCGCUUGCCUUCAGCAUCUCCCCAUCUCCUUCCCUCUCCCCUUCCCCUUCCUCCUCCCCUAUGCCUCCGCUUCCCCCUUUAGCACCUCCUCCCCCUCUCGACACAUUAGUUCCUACAAGUCCCGGAGAUCCCUCGCAACUUAAAGCUCUCCCUCUGAACCGGACCGCGUCCUCGACGUUACCCCCAGAUCCCGCUCCGGCCGGUCUUCAGCCGCCGCAUCCGCCGCCGGAAAGCCCGCAGCCAAUGACGGCUUCCCGUGACGAUUUUCCUGGCGACGCGAACGCAGCAUCCUGCGAAGCUUCUCAAGUGGCUCCCCCGGAAAAUCAUCAGGUGCCUUGUCAGGUGCCUUUUCAGGAGCCCUCGCACGCGCUCAUCAGCAGUCACGUGACACCAUCUCUCCCCGCCCCUCAGAUUAUCAGCGGCCCGGCAGACAAGCCCCAUGAACGCGCGGACCCCGCGAAUCUCGCGGGCACCGCAAAUCCCGCUGCCUCCGCACCUGCGAAUCCAGCGGCGAAUUCCGCAGCGAAUGCGUAUCCAGCGGAGAAUCCAGCGGAGAAUGCCGCAGCACCUGCGAAUGCAAACUCAGCGGCGAAUCCAGCGCGCCCACGACUCGUGCGUUCCGCCUCCUCCGACUCCUUCCGCCUACCCGCCCCACUCGCCGAGGGGCCUCAAAAGCCGUCCCGUGCUACCCCCGGCACCCCCUCGGGUUCCAGCGCCGCUUCGCGCCUCUCGCCAGGCCUCGGCUUUAGGUUCUUCUCCAGAGGCCAUGCCAACGCCUCUCCCUUGCGUUUCCGCAGCCGCAACACCAGCGGCGGCGGCGGCGGCGGCGGUGACGUGAAAUUCACUGUUGCAGGGGGUGACUAUGGCGGGAUCGGUGGCGAGAGGAACGGGCUGGAGUCUAAGUGGGAGGUCCCACAGGGACGAUCGUCUCCUUGGUCGCGGGGGUUGAGCAGGGUUCGCGGAAUGGUGUCUCCAAGGUGGAAUAGAAGGCACGAUGGUGCUGGUGCUGGUGCUGGUGCUGGUGCUGGUGGUGGCGAGAGUCGUGCGGCGGAGCAGAUGGAUCGCAACGGCACUGCUGCUUCUGCUGCUCCUGUGCCUGCGCCUGCUGCUGGUGCUGGUGCUGCUGGUGCUGCUCCUCCUGCUGCAGCGCAUGCCGAACCUCACCGCCGAGGCUUGGGCUCGCCAAGGCUCCGGUCGUGGCUCGGGUCGCCUGAACUGCCAAUGCUCCCGCUGCGGCGCGGCCUUGGCGUGAGGUGGCACCGAACCUGCUCUGCUUCGGUAGCUACGUCUGUCACUACUGGGCGCGACACAUAUGAUCCCAGCGCUGCUUUUGACAACAGUGAUGUUCCCCCGUACCCCUGCAGCACCGUCCCUGCCUUCAGCCAUCCCUCCGUUUCCACCAGCAGCACCGGUGCUUUCUCCAGUGCGGGUACGAGCACUGCACGCGCGGCAGCGGCUUCAGACGCUGAUUCUGCAAGCCACGUGGGCACACGUGGGAAACACGUGGAUGGGUCCCGCUCCCUUGCGUCCUCCCCGCUUGCUGCGGCUGCGGCGGCCGCAAUCGCGGAAUAUCACGCGAUUAGGGAGCAGCCCAUCUCAUCAGCACCUGAAGAAACACCUGAAGAAUCACCUGAAGCAGCAGCGGCAAAGCCGCUCGUGCCCGGAUGCAUGUCGCAUGAUGGAGCGCCCAGACCGCGUCAUCCGCAUGCCCACGUGCAAGCGAGUACCAAGAAGUCCCUGGCCAGAACAGUGUCAGACCCAGGCGGCGGCGAGUGCAAUUCGAACACAAGACAAGGCGCCGAAGCGGUUGUAGUUGUAGCGGCAGGCGUAGAAACAGCUGUAGUAGGGACGGCUGUAGCAGGGACGGCUGUGAGUGCUACAGCCGUGACAGGAGGCGGCGACGGUGAUCGUGGUAAGGUCGAUAGGGAGUCGAAGCAGGGCGGCGGUCCUGGUGGCGGUCGGGGACUGCUCAGGUGGCUGUCGUGGGGAAAGGCAAAACUAGGCGCGGGGAAGGGGAAUGGUGGAAAGCGGCGGAAGGGGAAGGCGGAAAACGGUUGCGCGGAGCACAGGGGGAGUGGGUUCGGCGCAGAGCUGACGACCAGCGAGCAGUAUAAGGAGCGGGGUGAGCCUGUGGAGCGGGGUGAGGAGGUUAGGGAGCAUGAUUGCGGCGUGAAGACGACCGAAGGUGGUGGUAAUAGUGGUGGUAAUAGCGGUGGUGAUAGUGGUGAGAAUAGUGGCGGUAAUGGUGGUGGUGCCGCUGUUUCAGCGUCGAAUCUUGCGGCCAGAGCAGCUGUGGACACGUGGCUGCGGGAGAACGAGACGCACGGGGAUGACGUGGACGAGGAUGACGUGGAAGGAAUAGACGAGGAGAGUGUGGAGGAGAGCGGUGCUGAAGUGGGAGAGAUGAUGGGAGGUGGGGAGGAGGAGGAGGGGGAGCAGGCGGAUGGGGAAGAGGAGGAGGAGGGGAGGAGGAGGAGGAGGGGGAGGAGGAGGAGGAGGAGGAGGAGGGGGAGGAGGGGGAGGGGGAGGAGGCAGAAGAGGAGCCUGAAGGAGAGGUGGAGGAUGGCAGUCAUGAAGACUGUUCCUCUGAGGGUGAGGACGGAAAGGAGGAUGGGGAGACGGAAGGAGGAGAGCGCGAGGGAGAGGGGGAAGGGGAGGGCGAGGGGGAUGAAGGGGAGAGGGGCGAAGUGGAGGAAAUGGGCCCAGAAGGUUUUCAGUUCGACGUGUCAACAGACCCGAACGCGGAGGGGAGGGGAAAGAGAGUGGGGAACGACGAGGAGGUGGAGGGAGAGGAGGCGGAGGAGGAGGAAGAGGGGGAGGAGGAGGGGGAGAGGGAGGACUCGGAGGAGGCAGUGAGGGAGAGGCAGCAGCAGGAGUGGCAGCGGCAGUGGCAGCAGCAGCAGCGGCUGAUCGGACUAGUAGUCUCCGGGGCAGACAAUACCGAAGGUGAUAGUAACGAAGGUGGGGGAGGUAUUAGAGGUAAGCAGCGAAAGGAGCAAGUAGCGAGCGCCUGUCGACCGUCACCCGCCAACUCUCCCCCCUCCCUCCCGUCUGCGAGCCCUUCCCCGCCCCCAUCCGCGGUACAAGAGGAUUCGUGUGUGUCGUUUGCGCAAUGGGUGCACCUGCGGAGCUCCCCCUCCCGCGCAUCCUCCCCCUCCCGCGCCUCCUCCGCCGCGCACAGCCCCGCCCCCGGCCUCCCCUCGCGCGCGUCCGCCGCAGGCGCGCGCGCAGCAGCUGCAGCAGCGCGGGCAAAAGGCGCUAGCGGGGGAAUCGCCGGAAACGGGGGGCGGAAUCGGGU